AUGGACUUCGAAGAAAGAGAAGACAAAGACGGGAUUCGACUUAGUUGGAGUUGUUUGCCCAAGUCAAGACUCCAGCACCAUCGCAAUGUGGUCCCCUUUGGUGCAUUGUAUACACCAUUGAAUACCAAAACAGAACUCCCAGUUUUGCCCAAGGAGUCCUUGGAAACGUGUCGACAAUGUCGUUCAUCGAAUAAUCAGUUUACCCAGGGUACCCCUGAAAUGUGGUCGUGUCAUUUCUGUGGGUUCAACAACCGUCGGGUCACCACUGAACCCAUACCUCUGUCGACGGUCGAAUAUUGCACGGGACAAUAUGGACCACAACCUAUUUUCUUCUACGUGGUAGAUACUUGCUUCGAAAACGAAGACGUGGUAGACGCUUUUGUUUCGUUAAAGGAACUGUUGGCGAUAUCUUUAAGCUUAUUGCCCGAGAACGCGUUGGUCGGCUUAAUUACGUAUGGGAAGCAUGUUCAUCUCCACGACUUGAACAGUGGGAACAGCUUGAAACUGUACUCUUUCAAUGGGAGCAAAGAAUACACCAAAGAAAAGGUCGAACUGAGCAUUGGUUUGCUUCCAUCUAGUGUUAAGCAGCCUCAAUCUUCAAUGUCGUCAGUUGCCCAAAGAUUCCUUCAGCCAGUGUCGAUUGCCGAGUUCCAAUUCGAAAGCAUUUUGGAUAGCUUGACUCCCAAUGUAUUCCCUCAUUCUGCUAUCAAGGAAAGACCGCUUAGACUGACGGGGUGUGCGCUCAACGUGACGCUGUUGUUACUUUCGUCGUUGUUGAACGGUCAAACGUCAGGUGGUCAUGUGCUUUGUUUCAUUGGUGGGGUGUGUACUUAUGGACCUGGAAGCAUCGUCAGUCUGUUAUUAAAAGAACCGUUAAGGUCGCACCACGACAUAGAAAAGUCAAGACAAGCCACUUUGCCCAACACUACACAGAAUGUCAACGUUCUGUUGAUCAAACUGGCGAAGAAGUUUUACCAUGCUGUAGCCCAAAACUUUGUGUUGAUCGGCUUAAGUUGUGAUAUUUUCAUUGGCUGCUACGAUCAAGUUGGGUUGUGGGAAAUGGACGAUAUCCCCAACAAAACUGGCGGAGCCAUCGUGUUGUGUGAUUCCUUCAGCACAUCUAUCUUCAAGCAAAGUUUACAGAAAUUUUUUAGAAAGCACUACGAAUCUGAUUUUUUGGAGAUGGGGUUCAACGGUACCUUAGAAAUCAAAGUUCAAGCGGAUUUAAAGAUCCAAGGGUUAUUGGGCCAUGCCACUUCUUUGAAGACCAAACUGAGCAACAAAGGAAAUACUCCGAACAAUGUGAGUAGUUCUUCUAUUUCACACACGGUGGUAGGAGAAGGCGAUACCAAUGCAUGGAAAUUGUGUUCUGUUGAUAACCAGUCCACGUAUGCCAUUUACUUUGAGAAGGGAGACUCUGUUAAUAAGGACUUCACGUUCAUUCAAUUCUUAUUCCACUACCAGCACCCAAGUGGGGAAAUGAGACUAAGGGUCACUACACUCCCCGUUGCCAUAGUUGCUGAUUCGGACGCUCAAGCUUUGGAAUUGGGAUUCGACCAAGACGCAGCUACAGUCUUAAUGGCAAGAGUGGCUAUACAAAAGCUUAAAUCCGGUACCAGUUCACCCAAGGAGAUCCAAAGACUUUUAGAUAACCAAUUGGUUGAAUAUUGUUCAAGAUUUGCUGUUUACAACAAGGGACAAUUGGAGACCUUUAGACUUCUGAGUCAAUACUCGAUCAUUCCUCAGAGCUUCUUCUAUUUGAGAAGAUCACCAUUUAUCGAUGUGUUUGGAGCAUCACCAGAUGAAACUGCAUUUACAAGACACACCUUCUUCCAUGAGGAUGUGAACAACUCCCUUAUAAUGAUUCAACCUUCGUUGAUUCUGUUUGACAUCGAUAAGUUUGGUGAAGAGAUCGACGGAGAACCAAACUACACGGGGACUCCGGUGCUUCUAGACUCCUGUUCGUUAGGGCCAGAUAAGAUUCUUUUACUCGAUACCUUUUUCCAUAUUUUGAUUUUCCAUGGUAGCACCGUCGCCAGUUGGAGACAAGCCAAAUAUCACGAACUAGAAGGGUACGAACAUUUUAAAGCAUUUUUAGAAGAACCAAGAAGAGAAGCAAUGGAAUUGUUAAUGGAAAGGUUCCCAUUACCAAGAUUUAUUGAUACGAAUGAAGGGGGUUCUCAAGCAAGAUUCUUGAUGGCCAAAUUAAACCCUUCUACGACUUACAACAACCCAAACACUCAAUUAUAUGGCUCGGGUCAAUUGGAUGUCUUGACUGAUGACAUAAGCUUACAACUGUACAUGGAACUGAUUAAGAAAUCAACGGUCAACAAAAAGUGA